AUGCUGGGGGCUUUGCUGCUGUUCUGGGGGGGCCUGACCCUGGGCUGCCGGGGUGAGAAGGCUUUUCUCCGGCGUGCCGAUGACAGCACCGGCCGUUGCACCUAUUCCUUUUCGGUAGCCAGUCCCGUCGAGGCCGCCUGCCCCGAUACCGGCGGUGUGCCGGAGCUGCGGGCUGAGCUGGCUUCCCUUGCCGCCCGACUGAGCCGGCUGGAGAGCCGGGAGCGGGGCAUGGGGGGCUCAGGGCCGCGGGGAAAGGAGGUGGGGGACACGUGGGAUCCCCAGCAAACAGCUUCAGCCGCUCGCCUAGAGGCUGCCUACAGCGAACUGCUGCGGACCAAGUCCCGGCUGGAGGAGGAAAAGGGGCAACUGGAGAGGGAAAAAGAGGAGCUGGGCAGGCGGCUGGAGAGCAGCGCCCAGGAGAUCACACGGCUGCGGGCCAACCGCUGCCUCCCCGGCGGAGAGGGGCCCGGCCGCGACCCACCGCGAGCCCCUGGCAAAGCCUCCCGAUGGGACCCGCAGCCCCUCGCCUACCAAGAGCUGCAGUCGGAGAGGACUGAGGUGCCUGUGUCCCGGCUGCUGGAGGAGACCGCGCUCGGCCGCCCGGGAAGCGAGGACUCAGGCUGCGGCGAGCUGGUGUGGGUGGGGGAGCCGAUCGUCUUUGGCCGGGCAGAGUCCAUCGCCGGCAAGUAUGGCGUAUGGAUGAAGGAUCCCGAGCCCUUGCCCCCCUUCACCCGGGAGACCACCUGGCGCGUGGACGCGGUGGGCACGGAGGUCCGACAGCUCUUCCAGUACGAGGCAGCAGAGCAGCUGGCCCGCGGCUACCCCGCCAAGGUGCACAUCUUGCCGCGGCCCCUAGAGAGCACGGGGGCCGUCAUCUACCGCGGGGGGUUCUUCUUCCAGCCCCGCCGCUCCCGGGCUGUGGCCCGCUACGACCUGCGGGAGGAGGCUGUCACGGCUGAGAGGGAGAUCCCCGGCGCUGGCUACCACGGGCAGUACCCCUACGCCUGGGGGGGCUACACUGACAUCGAUCUAGCGGUGGACGAGACAGGGCUCUGGGUAAUCUACAGCACUGAGAAAGCCAGAGGAGCCAUCGUCCUCUCCAAACUGAACCCCGAGACGCUGGAGAUCCAGCGGACCUGGGAGACCAACAUCCGCAAGCGUGGGGUGGCCAACUCCUUUGUCAUCUGUGGCACUCUCUACACGGUCAGCAGCUACUCAGCACCCAAUGCCACCAUCAACUUCGCUUAUGAUACAGCCAGUGGUGCCAGCCGGGCCCUCAGCAUCCCCUUCGAGAACCGCUUCCGCUACCUCAGCAUGGUGGACUAUAACCCCACCGAGCGGCAGCUCUUCGCCUGGGACAGCUUCAACAUGGUCACCUACCCUGUGCGCCUCUCCCGUGCGUGA